CUGAAGCUGCCUUGCGCCCGCGUGGUGGAAUCGAGCUGCGUCCUGGACGUCCUCAUCAAGCUGCUGGAAGUGGUGCAGCCCUGCCUGCAAGCCGCCAAGGAGCACAAGGAGGUGCAGACCCCCAAGUGGAUCACCCCCGUGUUGCUGCUCAUCGAUUUCUACGAGAAGACGGCGGUUUCUUCUAAACGCAGGGCUCAGAUGAACAAGUACCUCCAGGCCACAGGGAACAACUGGCGGUGGUUCGACGACCGCUCGGGUCGCUGGUGCAGCUACAGCGCCAGCAACAACAGCACGAUCGACGCGGCCUGGCGCGCCGGCGAGACCAGCGUCCGCUUCACCGCCGGCCGCCGCCGCUACACCGUCCAGUUCACCACCAUGGUGCAGGUGAACGAGGAGACGGGGAACAGGCGGCCGGUGAUGCUGACGCUGUUGCGAGCCCCCCGCUCCGGCAAGGGAGGGAAGGACGGCGCCGAAGGCGAGCGGGCGCCCGAGGAAGGGCGGGAUGCGGAGGGGAGGGGCAAGGAGGAGCCCCCCGCCCCAGAGCCGCCGUCGGAGGAAGAAGCCUCGGCGGCGCCAUCCUCAUCCUCCCCCUCGCCGCCGUCCGCUUCCCCCUCGCCGGAGGAUCCCUCGGCGUGGGCCGAAGCCCCGGUCCGAGGCUUGGCCGAAGAGGCCGUCCCGGCCGUUCUCCGAGCGUGCGUCAGUAUGCUGGGGGUACCGGUGGACCCGGAUACCCUCCACGCCACCCUCCGCCUGUGCCUUCGCCUGACGCGGCACCACAAGCACGCGCUGCUCUUCGCCGAGCUGCGCAGCACCCGCACCAUCCUGGGGCUCACCCAGAGCUCCGGCUUCACCGGCUUCACCCCCCUCGUCACCCUCCUCUUCCGGCACAUCAUCGAGGACCCCUGCACCCUGCGGCACACCAUGGAGAAGGUGGUGCGGUCGGCGGCCACCAGCGGGGCGGGCAGCACCACCUCGGGGGUGGUUUCGGGGAGCCUGGGCUCCCGCGAGGUCAACUACAUCCUGCGGGUGCUGGGUCCCGCCGCCUGCCGCAGCCCCAGCGUCUUCACCGAGGUGGCCACGGGCUGCAUCCGCAUCGCCCUGCCCGCGCCCCGCGGCUCCGGCACCGCCUCCGACGACGAGUUCGAGAACCUGCGGAUCAAAGGCCCCAACGCGGUGCAGCUGGUGAAGACGACGCCGGUGAAGGCGGCGCCGCUGCCCCCCAUCCCCGAGCCCAUCAAGGACGUCAUCUACGACAUGCUCAACGCCCUGGCCGCCUACCACGCCCCCGAGGAGGGCGACAAGGGGGACCCCAAAAGCGCGGCCCCCAGCGAGGUGAGCCAGCUGCUCUCCGACAUCGGCGACGACAUGUACCAGCAGUACCGCAGCCUCACGCGCCCCCCCGCCGACUUCGACCCCCCCGCCGGCUUCGCCAUCAACGCCCAGGUCUUCGCUGCCGACGGAGCCGCCGCUGAGACGCCGCCGACGGGAACCCCCCAGGGAGAAGCAGCCAGCCCUGAGGAGGGCCGGGAGGGGCGGAAGGAGAAGGACGGCGAGCGCGGCGAGGAGCGGCAGCGAGCCAAGGCUUCCAAGCCCCUCAUGCCCACCUCCACCAUCCUGCGGCUGCUGGCCGAGCUCGUGCGCUCCUACGUGGGCAUCGCCACCCUCAUCGCCAACUACAGCUACACCGUGGGGCAGUCGGAGCUCAUCAAGGAGGACUGCAGCGUGCUGGCCUUCGUCCUGGACCACCUGCUGCCCCACACGCAGAACGCCGAGGACAAGGACACGCCGGCGCUGGCGCGGCUCUUCCUGGCCAGCCUGGCGGCGGCGGGCAGCGGCACCGACGCCCAGGUCGCUCUGGUCAACGAGGUGAAGGCGGCCCUGGGACGGGCGCUCGCCAUGGCCGAGAGCACCGAGAAGCACGCCAGGCUCCAAGCCGUCAUGUGCAUCAUCAGCACCAUCAUGGAGUCGUGCCCCUCCACCUCCAGCUUCUACAGCAGCGCCGCCAAGACGCAGCACAACGGCAUGAACAACAUCAUCCGCCUCUUCCUCAAGAAGGGCUUGGUCAACGACCUGGCGAGGGUCCCCCACAGCCUCGACCUCUCCAGCCCCAACAUGGCGAACACGGUGAACGCGGCGCUGAAGCCCUUGGAGACGUUGUCCCGCAUCGUCAACCAGCCCAGCGGCCUCUUCGGCACCAAGGGCUCCUCCAGCAAGAGCAAGGGGGAGGGGGCCGGGGGCGCCCGGGAGGCCGGCGCCGCCCCCCCCGACGGAGGGGACCCCGGGGACCCCGAGCCCCCCGAGGAGGACGCGGAGGCGGCGCAGGCGGAGGCGGCCGACGGCGACAUGGACGGGGAAGCCGAGGGCGACGCGGUGGUGCUGGCCGGGCAGCCCGAGGGGCUCAGCACCCAGGAGAUGCAGGUGGAAAACGAGCUGGAGGAUCUCAUCGACGAGCUGCUGGAGAGGGACGGCGCCGCCGGCAACAGCACCAUCAUCGUGAGCCGCUCCGGCGAGGACGAGUCGCAGGAGGACGUGCUGAUGGACGAAGCUCCCUCCAACCUCAGCCAAGCCUCCACGCUGCAGGCCAACCGGGAAGAUUCCAUGAACAUCCUGGAUCCCGAAGAUGAGGAAGAGCACACGCAGGAGGAAGACAGCAGCGGCAGCAACGAGGAUGAGGAUGACAGCCAGGACGAGGAGGAGGAGGAAGAGGAGGAAGAUGAGGAUGAUCAGGAUGAUGAGGAAGGGGAGGAAGGGGAGGAAGAGGAGGACGACGACGACGGCUCGGAGAUGGAACUGGACGAAGAUUACCCGGACAUGAACGCCUCCCCCCUCGUCCGCUUCGAGCGCUUCGACCGCGACGACGACCUCAUCAUCGAGUUCGACAACAUGUUCUCCAGCCCCACCGACAUCCCGCCCUCCCCCGGCAACAUCCCGGCCAGCCACCCGCUGCUGGUCCGCCACGCCGACCACGGCUCGCUGGGGCUGGGGAGCGGAGCCGCCACCACCCGCCUGGCGCAGGGCCUGGGGCGCAGCCAGCGCACCCUGCGGCAGCUCACCGCCAACGCCGGCCACACCAUCCACGUGCACUACCCCGGCGCCCGCCAGCCCAACCCGCCCCUCAUCCUGCAGCGGCUGCUGGGCCCCUCGGCGGCGGCCGACAUCCUGCAGCUGAGCAGCAGCCUGCCGCUGCAGAGCCGGGGCCGGGCCCGGCUGCUCGUGGGCAACGAGGACGUCCACAUCAUCGCCCGCUCCGACGACGAGCUCCUCGACGACUUCUUCCACGAGCAGGGCAGCGCCGGCAGCCAGGCAGGGACCCUCUCGAGCAUCCCCACCGCCCUGACGCGCUGGACCGAGGAGUGCAAGGUGCUGGACGCCGAGAGCAUGCACGACUGCGUCUCGGUGGUGAAGGUGCCCAUCCUGGCGCGGCUGGAAGCCCUGCGGGACGAGGAGCUGGACGAGCGGCGGGAGAAACGCCGGCGCCAGGCGGCCGAGGAAGAAGCCAAAAGCACCGAGCGAAGCGCCGACGACAAGGACGGGGCCGACGCCCAGUCGCCUUCCCCUCUCCCGCAGGACGCGGCGUCCAAGGCCGCCGCCGCCUCCGCCGACGCCACCCCCUCAGAACCCAGCGGGACGCCGGGAGAGACCCCCCCUCCCGGUCCCCACCGGACAUUGGUGAUGUUGGAACCGACGCCGACCCCCCCGGAUCCCCCUUCGGGAGCCCCCCAAAUUCCCACGCGCCCCCCGCAACCCCCCGAACAGGAAGAGGGGGGGCCGGGACGACCCCCCCAAGACGCCGAAGCCACCCAGAUGGAGCUGUCGCCCGCUCCCACCAUCACGUCGCUGUCGCCGGAGCGGGCGGAGGACUCGGACGCGCUGACGGCCGUGAGCAGCCAGCUGGAAGGAUCCCCCAUGGACACCUCGAGUUUGGCUUCCUGUACUCUGGACGAAGCGGGGGGCGGGGGGGUACCUCCCCCUCCCCCGACAGCACCCCAAAACCCACCCGGGACCCCGCAGGGACCCCCGCCCGCCCCCCCCGACGCCGCUCAGCCCCCCGACGAGAGCUCGCCCCCCGCCUCGUCCUCGGAGAGCUCGUCCACGCGGGAUUCGGCCGUCGCCAUCUCAGGAGCCGACUCGCGGGGGAUUUUGGAGGAGCCGCUGCCCUCCACCAGCAGCGAGGAGGAGGAUCCCCUCGCCGGGAUCAGCCUGCCGGAGGGGGUGGACCCCUCGUUCCUGGCGGCGCUGCCGGACGACAUCCGGCGGGAGGUGCUGCAGAACCAGCUGGGGAUCCGCCCCCCCGCCCGCGCCCCGCCCGCGCCCAGCCCCGCCCCGCCCGUCGUGGCCAACCCCGGCCUCACCGAGGUCAGCCCCGAGUUCCUGGCCGCCCUGCCCCCGGCCAUCCAGGAGGAGGUGGGUGGGGGCCGCCGGGGGGCGGGGCCGGGGUGGGGCCCUCACUGGGUGGG